AUGCUACCAUUUUCGUCGCUGCUUUCUAGCCAUAUUCGGUUCUUGCUACAGAGUCUAGACGACUCCAAUUUCAGUCAGGUUCUUCGCAAGCUCCGUCAGACUGUUGAAUAUGGGAUCGAGGGAAGCAUCUUGCUGGUACAGACAUGCUUGGAUCACAUGAAUCUUCUAGGGGAAGAUAUGCAAAAAAAGCAAUAUAUGUUGGACCUAUUUUCUGCAGUAUUCAGUUGUCUAUUAGACCAACCAAAUUUUAGCACUGUGUUUUGUGAAGCAUUCAGAAACUUGAUUAUCAGCAAAAAAUUCCUUAGGGAUUUUUGCAAUGAAUUGCAAUUGUCAGUCUUUGAGAAAGUUGCCCUUGGUCUUGCUUUGGCAGACUCAGAGAAUGCUGAGGUCAGAACUACUGGUCAGGACUUUAGCAUUGGAUUGAUAGAGGAGUUAUGCGGAAAUCCUGCCUCUGUUGAUUCUGUUGAGGAGAUUCAGAAUGUAAGUCUGUUCUUGUAUCAGUCAGAGGGCCUAAUCAAGUAUGUGGACUCCCUUAUGCAAAUGGUGGCUCUGAAGUAUCCAAAAGAGAGGACCCCUCUUAUAUUAGUUCCGUGGCUCAAAGAUGAUGUAAAGGAGGAUAGGCUUCCAAGGAAUUUGGAUAUGUUUCAAAGUUGCAAUGAAAAUGACUUUGAUUUCCUUCUGGUGGAGAUGGAGAGUGAGACUAGCAUGGCUGAUAUAAUGAGAGAAGUUGGAUAUAGAUGUACAACUGAUUCUACACAUUGCAAAGAGGUUUUGUCAAAUUUCUUACCUUUGAAUGAAGUUACUCUCUCUAGAAUACUUAGCACUGUUGCCCGUACGUAUACUGGCCUUAAGGACAGUCAACUUUCACAUUCAAUUUUCUGCUCUGCAAUUGGUAGCAGUGCUGCAUUUGAUAAAUCAUGCCCAGGCUCUUGGAAUGUGGACGUUUUGGUGGAUUCAAUUAAGCAACUUGCUCCUGGAACCAACUGGAAUAGUGUCAUGGAACAUCUGGAUCAUGAGGGAUUUUACAUUCCUAACAGCCAAGCAUUUUCAAUUUUCAUGUCAAUUUAUGCAUGUGCAUGUCAGGAUCCUUUCCCUCUUCAUGCUGUAUGCGGCUCUGCCUGGAAGAAUGUUGAUGGUCAAUUAUCUUUUCUAAGAUAUGCUGUAUCAGCCCCACUUGAGAUUUUUACCUUUGAACAUUCUGUCAGGAAGCUAGCAUAUGUUGAAGCGUGUGAUCACCAUAAGCUUCAAGCCAUACAAGGAAACCAUGCAUGGUUAUCCCUUGACCUGUUUGACGUGUUGUGUCAAUUAGCUGAGAGGGGCUGUGCCAAUUCCGUUCAAGCAAUUAUUGAGUACCCUCUCAAACACUGCCCUGAAGUAUUACUCCUUGGAAUUGCUCAAAUUAAUACUGCUUACAACCUCCUCCAGCAUGAUGUUUCUUCCACCAUUUUCCCCAUAGUUGUUGAAAAAUCUAUGGGUAGCUUGAUUCUUCAUCUUUGGCAUUCUAAUUCCAAGUUUGUGGCACGUGGUUUCAUGGACAUGAUUAAAGCUGAUGAAAGCAUCAUAAUUGGAAUGUUGGCCAUUUGCCAUGAACAGAAGAUUUUAUCAACUUUCUUGGAGCAAAUUCCAUUUUCUUUCAGUAUUCGACUGGCUGCGUUUGCUUCCCAAAAAGAAUACUUGUGUCUGGAGAAGUGGUUGAAUGAUAAUCUGAUUGCUAAUAAAGACAUUUUUGUUGAGGAAUGCCUAAAGUUUUGGAAGGAGAUUUCUUUAGAUGCAGCAGAAGAUAUGUCCCCUGAUUUGUUUCAUUAUCCUAGCACUGUUGAGAAUAUAUAUUCCAAGACAAGUUCAACCUUUCUAAAGGUUUUUCAAGCUAAUAUUGAACAGAUCACUUCUGACCACCUUGCUAAAGAAUUGAAAAGAUUGAAUAGAGCUUCUAUGCAUUUCAAGCCUCAACUUCAGAAUGUUGGAACUUCUGAUUCAUCAAUUUCUUGUGGAUAUGCUAAUGAUAUAGAGGCUGAAGCAGGUUCUUAUUUGUAUCAGAUGUUUUCUGGUCAGAUGCCUAUCACUGUUAUGAUUCAAAUGCUUUCACAAUUCAAGAAAUCUUCAAAGAAAAGGGAACAAUUGAUUUUUGAGCAUGUGAUACAAAAUUUGUUGGAUGAGUACAGGUUCUUCCCUAGGUAUCCAGAAAAGCAGCUUAAUAUUGUCGCUAUCCUUUUUGGUUCUUUAAUAAAACAUCGGCUUGUAACUAAACUCAGACUUGUUGUUGGUUUGAAUAGUGUGCUAGAUGCAUUGUGUAAGCCCACAGACUCAAAGAUAUUUUUGUUUGGAACCAAAGCUUUAGAGCAGUUUCUGGACCGUUUGGUUGAGUUGCCACAGUAUUGCAGUCAUAUUUUGCAAAUAUCUCAUUUGCAUGGAACUCAUCCGGAGCUUGUUGAUUUUGUUGAACUUGCACUUGCUAGGAUUUCGUCAAGUUCCUUGGGAAAAGAUGAAGAGAACACUUACGUUCCCCAUGAUGGUUUUACUGCAGCUACUUCAGAAAGUUCAGAGAUGCAACAGAGAUAUGAAGAAGUUCUAGGUGAUAGAAUCAAGACAUCUAUGACUUCAAGCAUUUGCAUGAAACCAGAUUUACCUCAAUCUGUCCACCCUUCAAGUGGCUUCGUGAAUGAUGUAGCUAGCUGUCAGAAUACUGUGUCAUCACAAAAGGCAAUGGCAGUUACACCCAAUGCUUCUGAUUUUCUUAAUUCUUCUAGGAGAGUUACUUCAACUAGGUUUGGUUCUGCUCUAAAUAUUGAAACACUUAUUGCAGCAGAUGAGAAGAGGAAUACUCCUCUCAAGACUCCUGCAUCCAAUGUUCAGGAUAAGAUAUUUUUCAUGAUUAAUAAUAUUUCCUCAUCAAAUGUUGAUGCUAAAGUGAAGAAAUUUACUGAGAUUCUUAAUGAGCAAUAUUAUCCAUGGUUUGCCCAGUACAUGGUGAUGAGAAGAGCAAGCAUCGAGCCGAAUUUUCAUGACUUGUACUUGGAGUUUCUGAAGAAAGUCAAUUCAAAAAUAUUGAAUGAAGAGAUUGUCAAGGCUGCAUAUGAUAAUUGCAAGGUUAUUUUGAGAUCUGAGCAUAUAAGGUCAAGCUCAGAAGAGCGUUCCUUGCUGAAAAAUUUAGGUAGUUGGCUUGGGAAGUUCACUGUUGGCAGAAAUCAAGUACUAAGGGCCCGAGAAAUAGAUCCCAAAGCUUUAAUAAUAGAGGCAUAUGAGAGGGGCUUGAUGAUAGCUGUGAUUCCAUUUACCUCAAAGAUAUUGGAACCAUGCCGAAGUAGUCGUGCUUACAAGCCUCCAAAUCCUUGGACUAUGGCAAUUCUUGGUUUACUUGCAGAGAUCUAUGCAUUGCCAAAUCUAAAAAUGAAUCUCAAAUUCGAUAUUGAGGUUCUAUUUAAGAACCUUGGUGUAGAUAUGAAGAAAGCUAACCCAACAUCUCUUCUGAAAAAUCGUCUUCGUAAAGUAGAAGGAAAUCCUGAUUUUUCCAACAAAGAUGUUGGGGCAUCUCAGCCGCCAGUGGUUACUGAAAUUAACUCUGAAAUCAAGUCUACACUGAAUAAAGUUUAUCUACAGCAUGAGAUAUUCAAUACAUCUCAUUCUGACGACCAAUUAGAGCUGGCUUCACGAAUCGCAGAUAUUGGAAGUCAAAUUAUUUUCAAUGAAGAACUCAGCACUUUGGGCUUGCAUCAUUUGCUAAGAGUUGUCCCUAUUGCUAUGGAGAGGGCUAUCAAAGAACUCCUGUCUCUGGUGGUUCAACGCAUUGUUCUCAUAGCAAUCCAGACAACAAAGGAAGUUGUUCUAAAGGACUAUGCUAUGGAAUCAGAUGAAACCUGCAUAUAUGAGGCUGCGCAUUCAAUGGUAGCUAGUCUGGCUGGAAGUCUAGCUCAUGUGACAUGCAAGGAAACUCUUCGUACUUCAAUAUCACGUCAACUAAGGGAUUCAUUUCAGGGUUUGAAUGCUCCCAAUGAACAUCUUGAACAAGCUGUUGCUCUUGUUAUCAAUGAUAACCUUGAUUUGGGGUGUGCAGUAAUUGAACAUGCUGCAGUUCAGAAGGCAUUACAAACCAUCGACUGUGAAAUUACUCAGCAACUUUCUGUAAGAAGGAAGCCUAGAGAGGGUAUUGAUCCUUCAUAUUAUGAUGCAAACAUUAAUGCACAAGGUCCUAUGACUGUUACAACAGAGUCCCCACUCCUCAGACCAGGGCACAUAUCGCACUCACAACAGCAAGUAUAUGAGGAGUUUGUUCAUGUCUUCCGGAAAAAUCAAGCUGGUCAGAACUCAAAUGUGGUGCAUGCUUCAUCUGCUGCUCCAGGACAGCUUAACCGAGGCUCGUGCUUAUCUGGGAUGGAUGGAGUUAAUUAUCCCUUGGAUCUCAUUUCUGAGGAGAUUGACGCUAACCGGCCUGUUGCAAACCAAAGUUCCCUCAGUUCUUUGUCCCCAACUGCUGCUGCCUCUGAAGUGCAUUCUGAGGAGGUGUCCUAUGCCAGAAAAUUUAGAACUGAAUUGAGAGCUACUGCAGAAUCAUUGCCUACAACUCCCAUUGAUCAACUGGGAAGUGGAAUCUUGGAACCCUCAUUAUCUAUGUCAGAUGUACUGGAAAAAUAUCAAAUAAUUUCCCAGAAGUUGGAGAUUUUGUUGACUAAAGAGUCUGUAGAGGAAGAGAUUGAUAGAGUUGUUUUCCAGAUUCCAAAGAUCAUACUUAAAUGUGUUAGUCGAGAUGAGGCAGCCCUUGCAAUUGCUCAGAAGGUUUUCAAAAGUUUAUAUGAGAAAGCUUCAAGCAGUUCGCAUGUCGGUUUUCAUAUUUCAAUUCUGGCUGCUAUUCGUGAUGUUUGCAAGCUUGUUGUCAAGGAGGUUACUAGUUGGGUGAUUUAUUCGGAUGAGGAUAGGAAGUUCAAUACGAAUAUAAUUGUUGGCCUUAUGCACAAGGGUUUGCUUAAUCUUGCUGAAUACAACAAGCAUAUGGCAAAGCUCAUUGAUGCUGGAAAGAAUAAAACUGCAACAGAGUUUGCAAUUUCUCUCCUCGAAACCUUGUUGAUUCAGGAAUCAAGUCUAACUUUGUCAGAACUUCCCAAUCUUAUUAAUUCCUUGGCAAAGCUUGCAGCAAGACCUGGAUCUCCUGAAUCAUUAAAAAAAUUGCUUGAGAUUGCAAAGAAUCCUCCAGAAAGUGCUUCAAGCCCUUCUGGUAAUACUGUUGGCAAGGAGGACAGGACCAAGCAUGCUAGAGGAAAAAAGAACUCUGAUUAUUCCAUGACAAGUAGGGAUGGCAAUGUCAAUACUGAAUCUGUAUCAGCAGAUCUUGCUAGUUUUUAUGACCAGGUUUCUGUGCUGUUCACUGAAUGGUACCAAACAUAUAUACUUCCUGGUGCAAAUGAUGCAGCUUGUGCAUAUUUUGUCUCAAAAUUGCAGCAAAAUGGAUUUCUAAAUGGUGGUGAUGUGUCAGAUCGUUUUUUUCGAUUUCUCAUGGGGCACUCUGUUGCCCAUUGUCUCUCUUCUGAGAGAAUUGGUUCUAGUUUGUCAUUGCAGUCUCCUCAAACUGCACAGGAUCUCUCAUUUCUUGCAGUUGAUGCGUAUGCAAGGCUUGUCGUUGUGAUUCUGAAGUAUCAGGCAACGGAGCAUCUUUUGUCAAAGAUUUUUCAAUUGACUGUUAAGGUGAUUAAGAGGAAUGCUGAGGAGAAGAAGGCAUCUUUUAACCCAAGGCCAUAUUUCAGGCUGUUUGUUAACUGGCUUUUUGACCUUGUUUCACCAUAUGCGGUCUUAGAUGCUGCCAACUUUCAGGUUUUGAUUGCUUUUGCAGAGACUUUCCAUGCAUUUCAGCCUCUUAAAGUUCCCGCUUUCAGCUUUGCAUGGCUUGAGUUGAUAAGUCAUAAGCACUUCAUGCCGAAAUUGCUCACAGUCAAUGCUCCAAAAGGUUGGGUUUAUGGUCAGCUUCUGCUGGUUGAUUUGCUCAAAUUCAUGGAGCCUUAUUUGAGGAAUGCCAAACUUGAAAAGGCGAUUAAACAUCUAUACGAAGAAACGUUAAAAGUGCUGUUUGUGUUGCUGCGUGAUUUCCCAGAGUUUCUGGUUAGUUAUCACUUCAGCUUCUGUGACGUAAUUCCUUCAAGCUGCAUUCAGAUGCGAAGUAUUAUCCUUAGUGCCUAUCCAUGCAAUAUGCAGCUGCCUGACACUUCUACACCAAACUUAAAGAUUGAUUUAUUGCAGGAGAUGCACAUACCACCAUGUGUAUUUUCUGAGGUUGAUGCAGCCCUAGGAGCUAAGCAGAUGAAAAAUGAUGUAGAUGAGUAUCUUAAGACAGGAUGGCAGGCAUCUCCAUUCUUAUCAGAGCUGAAAGAGAAAUUACUGCUGCCACAGGAUGAGGCAGCACAAGCUGGGACCCGAUACGAUGUGCCUGUAAUAAACUCCCGCGUCCUGUAUGUUGGAAUGCAGAUCAUCCAGCAAUCACAGAAAAAGACCACACCUAGCCUUGCACAACAGAUGACCUGCAAUGAUCGCAUGCAAUUGUAUGCGAUGGGUCCUGUUUUAGCUCUUUUCCAAACGUUGAUAAUGGACCUGGAUACAGAAGGGCGCUACCUUGUCCUUAAUGCGAUUGCAAAUCAGCUCCGCUACCCAAACAGCCACACACACCUCUAUUCUUUUGUCAUGCUGUACUUGUUUAAUGAAGCAAAACAGGAAAUCAUUCAGGAGCAGAUAACAAGAGUGUUGUUGGAGCGCUGUGUUGUUAAUCCUCAUCCGUGGGGUCUUCUGACCACGAUUAUUGAGCUCAUCAAGAAUCCUCAAUACAACUUCUGGAAUCGAGCUUUUAUCAAGUGUAACCCAGAUGUGAACAUUCUCUUGAAAUCAAUUUCAAUCUAAGCACGAGUGGAUUGGAUCUGGCGCUUGCUGCUUCGGCGUGAUAUCUGACAACGUGCAUUAACAGAGACGGAUUGCCCCCACUGGAAUUAGUAUAAAAAAACCCUUUUGGUAAUAUUACAAUGCUACCACAAGUUUUUUUUUUUUAAAGUUUGAAUAUUUGCCCUCACUGGAAUUUAAUUACUAUCUCGUUUUAAAUUUGAUUUGUAUUAAUAUUAGUAUAUAACUAUCAAACUUUGUAAGAAAA